CACCAUUCGUAACAAAAACUCAAAGCAUAGAGCAGAAACAGAGGAGCCCAAGAAGAAGAUCAGAAAGUCUAAUGAUGGCAUCCUAUUUUCCCAUUCAGAAUCCGUGCUUUAAGUAUUUUGGUUUCUUGGACUUCCGCUUCAAUAAUGUUUCUUCUCGUUCGUGCAACAGUCUCCUAAUGCCCGGGUAUUCAUGGCGGCGCUUUGAAAGCAAGUAUGAUGGAUGGUGUGAGACUUUCUUCCUAAUGGGUGGUAUGACCAAUAAGAGCAAUUGUUGCUGCACCGCAAGAUUGCCUCUUGAUGGAGAAGAUAGUAAUCUUGCAAGGAAAUUAGCGUUAUUCAAUAGACCUAGGGAAAAUGAAACGGAUUCCUCUUGUGAAGGUUUAGACAUCAGACUUGAUAACUAUCUUAGAUUUGUGUCGAUGUCUGGGCUCCUGACUCUCCUUGGUGCUCAAGAAGCAAUUGCUGCUUCUGAUAUUGCUAUGAAAUUACCAGUAACAUCCAUCUUUGGAUUCUUUGGAGAUCUUGGAGAUAUAAGCACAUGUUUUGCUUCAGCAUUCUUGUUGAUAUUCUUCUCAGAGCUCGGUGACAAAACCUUCUUUAUUGCAGCUCUUCUGGCUGCUCGGAACUCUCCUGUAGUCACUUUUUUUGGGACAUUUGGUGCACUAGCGGUAAUGACGAUCAUUUCUGCUGUCAUUGGGCGUACAUUUCACUAUGUGGAUGGUAUCCUUCCAUUCAGGCUUGGUGGCACUGAAUUGCCUAUUGAUGAUAUUGCUGCAGUUAUCCUUCUGCUGUAUUUUGGUGUUUCGACCUUGCUUGAUGCCUCUAGGGAUGGAGUGAAAGCUGAAGAACAGGAGGCAGAGCUGGCAGUUUCUGAGCUGUCGGGAAAUGGUGCGGAAAUAUCGGCUGCUGCUACUAGCGCUGUUAUUAGCACGUUUGUUUUAGUUUUUGUUGCUGAAUGGGGGGACAAAUCAUUUUUCUCUACAAUAGCUCUAGCUGCAGCCUCUUCACCUCUUGGAGUAAUUGCCGGUUCCCUUGCUGGCCAUGGAGUGGCAACGCUGCUUGCUGUUCUUGGCGGUUCCUUACUGGGGACAUUCUUAUCUGAGAAGGUCAUUGCGUACAUUGGUGGCACUCUGUUCCUAUUAUUUGCUGUGGUAACCUUGGCAGAGAUUGUGAAGUGAAUACAGGUCUGCUUCGAACUUUUAAAAAAGUCGGACUGCUUACAUAGGCUGCUAUAGAGCUGACAGAAGUGUCACAGAACCAAGGCGUUCCAUGUGAUUAAAUGUUUCAUAUCAGCAGAGUUGAUAAGUCUCCAAACAUAUAUGGGUUGCUCAAAACUCUGAGAUAAUGAUUUUUCAAAUUAUUUAUGAGUAAUGACUAAACAUCCUUAUAAUAUAUGUGAAAUAAUGACAAAUAUUCAAUCGAAAAAGUAAUUAAGACAGUGAUCAUAACGGGGUUUCCGGUGUGAGUUGAAUGACUAUAUUCAGGGAUGGAUUUAAGGGGGGGCGUGGGGGUGCG